AUGGGGUAUUCAAAUACAUCAACGAAAAUGACAACAUCAUUUGAUUCGAUGUUUAAGUUUUCAAAUAAUAAUAAAAUAUUAUUAGCAAUGGCUCCUUUAAUUGUAUUAUUUUUAUACAUUGGCGGGAAAAGUACAAUUUAUAUUUCAACAUUGAUGAUAUUUUUAAUAUACAUUUCAGAAUAUUUAAACAUCCCACCAUUAACAUUAAUAUCGAUUUGGGUAGGAAUAUUUUUAGCAAAUGUUAGUAUAUUAUUUCAAGGAUUAAUAUUAGUACAACAUUCAAUUAUAAAUUUUAUAUUAUUAAUGAAUAUAACGAUGUCAAUGGGUUUGAUGGGAAUUUGGUUAACCUUACAAUUUUCGUGGUUUACAUCGAAAUAUUCAACCAUUGCAACUUUAAUGGAGAGAGUAUUAUUUGCAAAUUUAAUUUUUCCAACUUCAACAUUACUUACAUGGUGUACUGUUGUUGUGAAUGGUAUUGAAUCAAGUCCCUUUUAUUUAAUUGGUUUCUUAUUCAUAUAUUACUUUAUUUAUGGCUUACCACAAAGAUCAUUUAAAGUUAGAUCUUCAAAACAAGUUUUAUCAACAAAUGAUUUUAUUUUAGGUAGAUUAGAUACGGGAUUAAUGGCAUUUACAGUAGUAUUCUUCCCACCAUUAUUAUAUUUUUCAAUCUAUCGUUUUACUUUCUUUCAAUCAAUGGAUCAUAUUGUAAAUGUUUCAUUAUUAUUAUCAUCAUCUGGUGUUUAUUUAUUUUUACUAUCUAAAUAUGGUUCACUUUGGUGGUUAUUACCAAAUUAUUGGGAUCAAAGAUUAAAUAUUAAAAAGUUUGAUAGUGGAAAUGGUAAUAAUAGUAAUAAUAAUAGUAUAUUAAAUAAAUCAUAUUCUUUUAUAUUUGGAAUUGGUAGUACAGUUAAAAUUAUAUGUAUGUUGGUAUUAGUUGGAUGUUUAGAGUACAGGGUAUUAUUUAAUUCAGUGACUUUUUAUUCAAUAAUACAAAAUCUAUCACCAAGAUGGGGUUUUAUAGUUGUAACGAUUGGUUUAUAUUCAUUCUCAACCAUUUUCUAUUUCAUUUUUAUGGGUGUUGAAUCAACAUUUACAAAUAAUACAACCACUACUAUUCCAACCUAUUAUCAAUAUAUACUUUCAUUGAUUGCUUCCAUUUUCAGUAUUUCGGUUUCAUUGAUGUUAUCAACUCCAAUCUAUAUCUAUCCAUUUUCAAUUUUAUCAUCUUUAUCGAUUAUUAACUUUUUAUUUAAAAAGAGAUCAAUUAGUUUUUUAAUAUUUAUAGUUUCAAGUUGUAUAUUUUUAAUUUGGUUUUUAAAUAGAAAUUAUUUAUUUAUAAAUUAUGAAUUUAUAAAUUCUUAUCCACUAUCAAAUUUAUCAUUAAAGACAAUAUGUAUAAUGAUUGUUAUUUUAUUCAUACUAUCAUUAUUAAUGGUUUAUACUAUUGGACAUCAAGUAUUUCCAACCAUUGCAAUCUCUCAAUCAAUAGUAUUAACAAGUUUAGAGAUUUCAUUACAUUCAACUUAUUAUACAAUUUAUCCAACUUAUUUAAUUGUAUUAUCUUCAACAUUAAUAAUUUAUUUAAAUUCAAAGUUAAUGGAAAAUUAUUCAAUUACAAAUAAUAUUGGAAUGAUUUCAAAUUCUUUAAUGAUUUCAAAAUUAUUUGGAUUAGUAUUUACACCAUUAAAUGAAAAUAUUUUAGCAUGUUUUAUGUUUACAAUAUUGAUUUAUUGGAUUUAUAAACCACCAACUUUUAUAACAACACCAACAGUUAGUGGUGCUGGUGGUGCUGGUACUAAUUCAACAGCAGCAGCUGGUAGUGUAACCAUUGGAAAUGUUAAUAUAACACAUUCAUUAAUGAAUAAGAAUUUACUUUAUUUUCAAAUUAUUUUAGCAGCAUUGGUAACAUUUACAUUCAAUAGACAAAUUACAAUUAGACUAUUGAAUUUAUUCUUUGAUACAACAGAGAGUAUAGAUAAUAAUGGUAGUGUUAUAUUCAUUGCUAGCUUUUUAUUAGCAUUUGGUAUCUCUAUCAUUCCAAUUUGUUUUAGAUCAAUAUCACCAUUAAAAAGAUUUAAAAAUUUAAAUGUUUUAAUUUUAUUCACUUCUUUCUUAUUAUUAAUUUUAAAUCCAUCAACAAGUAAUAAUAGUUUAAUUAAAUCAAAUUUAUUAUGGACAAAUUGGUUUUUAUUAUUUAGUUUAAUUAUAAUAAUUAUUGGAUUUGGAAAGAGAAUAUCGAUUUCAAAAUCAAGUAAAUUAAAAUUAUUAUUUUCAAUUGGAUUUGGUAGUGGUAUUGGUAUUUACGUUUGUUUGAAUUACUUUUUAAAGAAUUCUUCAAAUGUAAAUUCAUCAAGUUAUUACUACUAUAAAAAGGUUAUGGGUGAUAGUGCCACUGGUGGUGGUGCUAAUGAAGAAUCAAUGGGAAUGGUUGAUAUUCUAUUGAAUUUAGGGUUUAUAUUAUUGUUUUCAAUGGUAUCUUAUUUCAUUGUUGAAGCACAAUGGCCAUCAAUUAGUAGUAGUGGUGGUAAGAAUAGUAGCAAUACAAUGGAAGCUAUCUAUAUAAUGAUCUCUGUAAUAUUUAGUUGUCAAUAUUAUCUAUUGGGUAGAAAGUAUUCAACAUUACGUUCUCAAAGUAUUUUAGAAACAACUUCACUCUCUUUGAUGGGAUUAUUCAUUGGUAUUAACCUAUUGAUCGCAAUCUAUUUAAAAUUUCAUACAAAACUAUCAGUUCAACAUCAAUUAUCAACAAAAUCAAAAUCUCAAUAUAAUUAUUAUCAAUCACCAAUUAAAAAACCAAAUCCUUCUUCCACCAAUAAUAAUAAUAAUAAUAACAUUGGACAACAAAAUGAAAAUAACUCAUUCUUACAAAUGAAUAGUUGGGUUUAUACAAUUGGUAAUUGGUGUUGUUUUAUCUCCUAUGCUUUAUCAAUUUAUAUUGGUUAUUUAAUGAAUUAUUCAGAGAAAGCAGUAUUCAUUUUAUCACCAAUACUUUUAUUAUUGGUUACAGAUAAAGGAUGGUUAAAGAAAUUAUUGAAUCAAUCACAUAGAUACUUCCCAAUGGUUAUAUCUCUUAGUGUAUUCCUAGUGAUAACAGCCUUUUUAAAUUUAACUUUUAACUCACCAACCAUCAAUAUAAUCACCAGAAAUUCUUGGCUUUACAAAUAUAUUGGUUUAGAUAGUUCAAACUCUUUAAUUAAAAUUUGGUGGUCAUUAAAGAAUUGGUUAUUCUUUAUUUGGAUUUUACCUUCAAUCUAUAAUUUAAAUCAAUAUCUAUAUAAACAAAAUGAAAAAUUAAAUGUUGGUAGUGGUAGUGGUAGUGGUAGAAGUAAAUCAAAUAAUAAGAUAAAAUUCUCAUUUUCAUUAUUUUUCUUUUUACCAACUUCAAUUCUAUCUUCAUUACUAUCUGAUAUUGUAUCAAUUCAACUUUUAUCUUUAAUUACUUUAAUUGGUUUAACAAUUCAAAAAUAUAAAAUUUUAAAAAUUGAAAAUAAAGGUAAUCAAUUAAUUUAA